AUGCGUGUUCCAGCCAAGUUCUACAUUUCACUCAGCAUCAGCUGUCCGUCUUUGAACACAUUGAAUUUCGUUUUCGAUGAUGGUGUGAGUGCAGAUAUUUCGCACACCUCUGAGCACUCCCGAUUCAUUGAUAUUAGUAAAGGCUGCGUAGAUCUAGAUUGGGAUCUUACGAGAUUGAGACGAUGUGUGAAGGAAGAAUUUGCAUCUUUAUCUGGUCCAGGAUACUAUACCCGAGUAGACGCUAAGAACUUCGAUCGAUUUUUAAACACCACAGAGGAAGACACAUGGGAUAAGCCUGGAAAGGAAACAUUAAAGUACUGGAAAAACAUCAGACCAACUCCGGUGUUAAUGGUGACAUGCCAAGACCAUUUUCGGGAAAGUCCUUGUUCUUGCAAGUCCGAGUAUCCAAGAGUAUUCAUAGAUACGUAUGAACUCCACUUAAGAGUCCAUAAAGAUGGAAAAUCACUGCACAAGUACAUGGGUUUGAGGCAGAUGUUUGAAGGAGAGCCAUGGUAG